GUUCAUCCACAACAAAAAAAAACCAGUUAGGUACCAAAGACCAGGUUCAUCCACAACAAAAAAUUACCAGUUACCAAAGACCAGGAAGACCAGAUUCAUCCACAACAAAAAAUUACCAGUUACCAAAGACCAGGAAGACCAGAUUCAUCCACAACAAAAAAUAACCAGUUUCCAAAGACCAGGAAGACCAGAUUCAUCCACAACAAAAAAUAACCAGUUUCCAAAGACCAGGAAGACCAGAUUCAUCCACAACAAAAAAUAGCCAGUUUCCAAAGACCAGGAAGACCAGAUUCAUCCACAACAAAAAAUAGCCAGUUUCCAAAGACCAGGAAGACCAGAUUCAUCCACAACAAAAAAUAGCCAGUUUCCAAAGACCAGGAAGACCAGAUUCAUCCACAACAAAAAAUAACCAGUUUCCAAAGACCAGGAAGACCAGAUUCAUCCACAACAAAAAAUAACCAGUUACCAAAGACCAGGAAGACCAGAUUCAUCCACAACAAAAAAUAACCAGUUUCCAAAGACCAGGAAGACCAGAUUCAUCCACAACAAAAAAUAAUCAGUUUCCAAAGACCAGGUUCACCCCAGCACAGAAGCCUAACCAGCAACCAUUUCCCUUCCCAGCUGUUAUGGAUAAACAUGAGAAGAUGACUGACACAAAUGAGAAAUUCUAUGUCGUGGGGGAGAUUGAGGAGGCGCCAGAAGGUGACGUGACGGGGGUGCAGGAGGAAGGGCUGCUACAACAGGAGGAGGAGGAGGAGAGGACAGACGAACCAACGGCAGUGGUGGAGGGUGACAGGGAGGGACAGAGCAGAGCGAGAGGUAUCAUCCCCAUCUCCAGUUCCUUCCCGCGGUUCAGCAACGAGCGCACGCCACUCCUGCGCCCCUCGCCCUCCUUUGUGGGGCUGUACGGCACCUCCUGGACGGCGCGCAGUGGCCCCUCACCUUACACGGCUGAAAACAAGCCAAACAGACGCCCGUUCCACCAUGCCGUGGCCACCAGUGAGUCCGUCCGCACGCAGCCGCCGCCGGACAGGAACAUCGGCGACACACAUCUCUACAACCGCUACAGAUAUUACUCCCGGCUACGCGCUGAUGCCCCACCGGGUGACCAAGCUCUGGUCAUCCCAGAUCACAUCGUGCCCCGAGAACUCUUCCUCCCGUACAUUCCCGGCCACGUUCCUGAUGCUGACGGGAAGCAGGCCUCACACAUCACCAUCAUUGCCAUCUGGAACACCAUGAUGGGCACCUCCCUCAUGACCAUGCCGUGGGCGUUCGGCCAGGCGGGCUUCGUGGGCGGCAUCUUCAUCAUGCUGCUCAUGGCCGGCAUUGCUCUCUACACGGCCACGCGACUUCUCACGCUGCAGAAAACUAUGGGCUUGGAGGGCCCGUCGCAGGAGCUGAGUCAGGUGUGUCAACAGCUGCUGGGCGGGACGCUGGGCCGGGUCACGGAGGGCCUCAGCGUGACCUUCUCCGUGCUGACCCUGGUGGGCGCUCAGGUCGUGUACUGGGUCCUCAUGUCAAACUUCCUUUUCAACACGGGGGAGGUCAUCUUUGACGCAAUCAACGGCGAAAUCCACGACAACUCCAGCCACCUCCUGUGUCCUCCCAACAUCACCAGCAAGACCAGCUCCGUGGCCCAGCCGGACCCCUCGGGCUUCCACAGGUGGUGGCAACAGGACCUCACCGUGCCCAUCUACCUCAUCAUCCCCUUCAUCUUCCUCCUCAACCUCCGGGACGCAAAGAUCUUCACCUACUUCAACUCUCUUGGAGCAAUCUCAGUAAUGGUGAUGUACCUCUUCGUCAUCUCCAAGGCAGCCGUCUGGGGCAUCAACAUCAACUUCUCGGACACUGCUGACCCCCUCUACGUCCCUCUCUUCAAGAACUCCUUCAUGUGCCUCACCGGGACUCUCUCUCUGGCGUACUUCAUCCAUAACUGCGUGGUCACCAUCAUGCAGGGCAAUAGGCACCAGGAGAACAAUGUGCGAGAUCUGACCAUAUCCUAUUUCCUGGUGGCGGCGACGUACAUCCCCAUCGGCGUUCUCUUCUACACUACGUUCCCGCUGCCCAAGUUCUGCGUGGUGGAUAACUUCCUGGACAACUUCCCGCCCCAUGACAUCGUCCUGGCGGUGGUGCGAGGCUUCCUGUUCUUCCAAAUCCUGACGGUGUACCCGCUGCUCGGCUUCUUCAUCCGCAACCAGCUCUUCACGUACUUCCUCGGGGCGGCCCACCAGUUCAGGCUGUGGCGCGUCGGCCUGCUGAACUCUGUCUUGAUUACGCUCUCCGUCCUGGUGGCCAUCCUGUACCCCAACAUUGGCUUCAUCAUCAGGUGGGUCGGGGCCAUCGCGGGUCUGGCCUACAUCUUCAUCCUGCCGUGCCUCACCUACAUGGUUGCCCUGUACUCCAAGAACAGGCUCAGCACGCCACAGAUCCUCCUACACUCCAGCAUCAUCAUGGUCGGCGUCGCUAAUUUUGUGUCGCAGUUCUUCACGCAGUAAUUUUUUUAUUUUUUUUUAUAGGGGUGGGGUGGGGUAUGUUUGGAGAGCUUUUUUUCACAAAUUUUUGCUAACUUCACAUAACAGUAAUUUCUUCUUUGACCUUGCCUUUUUUUUAACUUGCCUUUUUCUAUAUAUUUUACCGGCAAAUGUUUUUAGGGGGCACUAAUAUUUUUUUACGGAGUUUCCAGUUAUAAUAUAUUCAGCGAGGGUUAUCGGCACCUCUCGUCCCAUUCCCUUCAGCGGUGAGCUCUUCUUGGUACAGUCUGCCCAAUGUGCAUUACUCUUAUUUUCUCUCUCAAGGGUUCAGUGUGCCAGUCUUACCAUCAACCUCUCAACCUUUGCAUUAUCACGAAUCUCAUUUCCCUCUUUGAAUAUUUAGUGAAGUCGUUUAUUUUUCACAUUUUUUUGCAUCAUUAUUCACUAUUUCGAUUUCUGUUUCCAUCACUUUCUCUUUCAAGUUAUUACCAUCAA